UGGGCUCGGCCCCUGGCGCAUGGCUAGACUCGACCGACUGGGAUGCCAGCUGGAUCCUGACACGUACCGACUUUGACAAGUUACCCGAGGCAGCACGGGCAUGGCAGCAUGAAGGCUGGGCGACGCCGGCGCCAGAGCUGUCGCCUAGCAGCAGGGGAUCGAGGAUCGAGGAUCGACUGAGGUAUGAAUCAAAAGCGGACGUCAAUUACAGUGAUGGGGUUUUUUUUCUUCUUCUUCUUUUUCUCUCCUUUUUUUUUUGUUCUUUUGUUUAUAUCCCGGCUCUUUAAUUCACAUCGACCUCCACUUAUAUCGUCAGUAUUUCUCCGUCUCACCUCACUGACGACAGUUCAUAGCAUGGGGGAAGACAACGCCAUGAGAAGGCAGAACAGUCCUGGCACACACUCCUCGGCGUCGAAGCAUCCUCCUCUGUGCCAUACUCCCGUGUCCAAAACUUUGCCUCCGCCUUGGCUGGACUUUAGCUUCCGAGUGGCCACACACUUUGAGACAGAAGCCACCACGGUGGACGUCCCCGAUAUGGGCGCCACGGAACUCUGGACCGUCUCGCGAGGGACUUGGUCGGGCUCGCUGGGAAUCGGGACUGUCGUGGCUGGUGGCUACGCCCAAGGUCACGAACGAACGAGAUCGCGCCUCCAGCGUCGGGAAACCUGCCGCGUAGAUACCAUGUUGAAGUUUCGGACCGAGGAUGAGCCGCCCGCCCUAGAUGCACGGCAGCGGCUACAUGGACCCCACCGCAGUACCAGGUGGUUUUAAGGACGCAGCAGGGGCGCUAGCGCCGGAAAGACACAGGAUGGUCAUCAACCUCACGUCGGCGGACGAGCGAUACGCGAGCAAGGUAAACCUGGG